UCCAUUUUUGUCUCUUUCUUAUUUUCAGACUGGAGGAUUUGGAUAGAGAAGAGGGAGAAAGGGAAAGAUUUUUUUAAAAACAGGGCAGCCAUCUUUUAUUUUAUUGAGAGCAUAUUAAAAGAAAAUUAGCCUCACCUUCAGUGGACGCCUCCUCUGGAGCUGAAAAUCUGGGCAUUCAGAGGGUUAAGUUUCAGGACUUUAUUCCUGUAUCUCGGAUGUGAUUUUCUUGUUAUGCGGUAAAGAUGCCCGGAUCGCUAAGCAAUGAAGAUGAGGGGCAAGACGAUAUGGAUUUUGAGGACGACGUGCCAGAUGAAGAUGAGGAAGGUGAACGUCGGAGGAGUGUCCCCCUAUCACCCUUAGAGAGAUUCUUCUCUGAGGAUGAUUCGGUCAAACAGCAUAAGAAGAAGAAACCCAGCAAGAUAAUGGAGGGAAAGGAGCCCAAAGUUCGGAAAAAGAAGAAAAAGGAGAUGCUUCCUAGUGGGCUAGAUGACAUGUCAGACAGAGAGGAUCAUGGUCACAGGUCGGGGAGUGAGAGCAGCACCUACAGCUCCCUGAAGAAGAAAAAGAAGAAGCCCAAAGAGAAGAAGGAGAGAAAAACUAAACCGCGAAAGAAGGAUGAAGAUGAGGACGACGAUGAUGACGAUGAUGGAAACAUGAAGGAACCGAAGUCAUCCAGUCAGCUGAUGCAAGAGUGGGGUCUCGAAGAUGUGCAGUAUGCCUUUUCAGAGGACGACUAUAAAACCAUCACCAACUAUAAAGCCUUCAGCCAGUUUCUUAGGCCUCUCAUUGCCAAGAAGAACCCCAAGAUCCCCAUGUCAAAAAUGAUGACGGUGCUUGGAGCAAAAUGGAGAGAGUUCAGCGCGAACAACCCUUUCAAAGGCACCUCUGCAACUGCUGUAGCGGCUGCUGUGGCCGCUGCCGUGGAAACUGUCAAUGUGGCUCCGCCCAUCUGUAUUAGAAGUAUCCAACAGAUCUCACCAUCUGGGCCAAUCAAAAAAGCCAAAACCAAAGAGGGAAAGGGGCCUGGUGCUAAAAAAAAAAGUAAGCCAGUGAAAGAAACAAAAAAGAAAGGGAAACCGAAGAAGUCCAAAUCGAAAGCAGGCCAGGGUGGAAAAAGGAAAAAAGGCUCUUCGAGCGAGGAGGAUUUCCUGGAUGACUUUUCAGACUUUGAUGACAUCAGCAUUCACAGUGCCUCUGUACGCUCAGACACUUCAGCGGCACCCAAAAAGAAGUCGGCCCGCCGAGGACGAAAAAAAAGAAAAAGAGAGGAUGGAGACGGCUACGAGACAGACCAUCAAGACUACUGUGAGGUUUGUCAGCAGGGAGGAGAGAUCAUUCUAUGUGACACCUGUCCCAGAGCAUAUCACCUGGUGUGUCUAGAUCCAGAACUGGAGAAAGCCCCCGAGGGCAAAUGGAGCUGCCCCCACUGUGAAAAAGAAGGCAUUCAGUGGGAGGCCAAAGAUGACGAGGAGGAGGAAGACGAGGUUGCUGGUGAGGAGGAAGAUGACCACAUGGAGUUCUGCAGAGUGUGUAAGGACGGGGGAGAGCUGCUGUGCUGUGACACCUGCCCUUCUUCCUACCACAUCCACUGUCUCAACCCACCCCUUCCUGAAAUUCCCAAUGGAGAGUGGCUGUGUCCACGAUGCAUGUGUCCACCACUAAAAGGAAAAGUCCAAAAGAUUCUGCACUGGGCGUGGGGUGAUCCUCCUCUACCACCUGAGGUUCCUCUUGGGCGAGAUGGAGAGAAGGUGGACGCUUUGGCCAAAAUGCCAUUGAAGGGUCGUCCAGAGAGGCAGCUGUUUGUGAAAUGGGCCGCGCUGUCCUACUGGCACUGCUCCUGGGUCAGCGAACUACAGUUGGAGCUGUAUCACACGGUAAUGUACCGUAACUACCAGCGGAAGAACGACAUGGAUGAACCGCCACCGUACGACUACGGCUCUGGGGAGGAGGAGCUUAACAGCGAGAAAAGGAGGAGCAAAGACCCUCAGUAUGCAGCCAUGGAAGAACGAUUCUACCGUUACGGCAUCAAGCCGGAGUGGAUGAUCAUUCACCGGAUCCUCAACCAUAGCUUUGACAAGGAUGGAGAUGUACACUACUUGAUUAAGUGGAGAGAUUUACCAUACGAUCAAUGCACCUGGGAGACUGAUGAAUUUGACGUCCCAGAUUAUGACAGCUUUAAACAAGCCUACUGGGACCACAGGGAUCAGGUGCUCGGUGAAAGCCAUCACCCCCUGCUGUUCAGAAAGGGAAAGAGACUCAAAGAGGAAGGAAAGAGGAGAGAACCUCCGCCAGACACUCCGGUUGUGGAUCCUACCAUCAAGUUUGAACAGCAGCCAUGGUACAUUGAUGACACAGGCGGAACUCUGCACCCAUACCAGCUGGAAGGCCUGAACUGGUUGCGAUUCUCUUGGGCCCAAGGAACCGACACAAUCUUGGCUGAUGAAAUGGGUCUUGGCAAGACUGUGCAGACUAUAGUGUUCCUGUACUCACUCUACAAAGAGGGUCACUCCAAAGGGCCGUUUCUGGUCAGUGCGCCACUCUCCACCAUCAUCAACUGGGAGAGAGAGUUUGAGAUGUGGGCUCCCGAUUUCUAUGUUGUGACUUACACAGGGGACAAAGACAGCAGGGCUGUCAUACGCGAGAAUGAAUUUACCUUCGAGGACGGCACCGUUAAAUCGGGUCGCAAGGUUUUCCGCAUGAAGAGGUUUUCCUCACAGAAGGACACACCGAUAAAGUUUCACGUCCUGCUGACGUCAUAUGAACUGAUCACCAUUGAUCAGGCAAUACUUGGCUCCAUUACCUGGGCCUGUUUGGUUGUGGAUGAAGCCCACCGACUAAAGAAUAACCAAUCAAAGUUUUUCAGAAUUCUGAAUGGCUACAAAAUCUACUACAAGCUGCUCCUGACUGGAACCCCUUUGCAGAACAAUCUCGAAGAGCUUUUUCACCUGCUCAACUUUCUCACCCCAGAGCGCUUCAAUAACCUGGAGGGCUUUCUGGAGGAGUUUGCGGACAUAUCGAAAGAGGACCAGAUUAAGAAACUACACGACCUGCUUGGGCCGCACAUGCUCAGGAGACUGAAGGCAGAUGUGUUUAAGAACAUGCCGGCAAAAACCGAGCUCAUAGUGCGAGUGGAGCUCAGCCCGAUGCAGAAGAAAUACUACAAGUUCAUUUUAACACGAAACUUUGAGGCGUUGAAUUCCAAGGGAGGAGGCAACCAGGUGUCUCUUCUUAACAUCAUGAUGGACUUGAAGAAAUGCUGCAACCAUCCCUACCUUUUUCCAGUGGCUGCAGUGGAAGCUCCGGUCUUACCCAAUGGUUCUUAUGAUGGCAACCUCCUAGUGAAAUCCUCAGGGAAGCUCACCCUGCUUCAGAAGAUGCUCAAAAAACUGAAAGAUGAAGGGCACAGGGUUCUCAUCUUCUCUCAGAUGACGAAGAUGCUAGAUCUGCUAGAGGACUUCCUGGAGUUUGAAGGGUAUAAAUACGAGCGUAUUGAUGGGGGCAUCACAGGGGGGCUGCGACAGGAGGCCAUCGAUCGCUUUAACGCACCCGGGGCUCAGCAGUUCUGUUUUCUGCUGUCUACACGUGCUGGAGGAUUAGGUAUCAAUCUGGCAACCGCAGACACAGUGAUCAUAUAUGACUCUGACUGGAACCCACAUAAUGAUAUUCAGGCAUUCAGCAGGGCACAUCGUAUCGGACAAAAUAAAAAGGUGAUGAUCUAUCGCUUUGUAACUCGGGCAUCCGUAGAGGAGCGUAUUACCCAGGUGGCCAAGCGAAAGAUGAUGCUGACUCACCUGGUGGUGCGUCCCGGCUUGGGCUCUAAGACGGGCUCCAUGUCCAAACAGGAACUAGAUGACAUCCUCAAGUUUGGCACUGAGGAGCUUUUCAAAGACGAUGUGGAAGCCGCCAGAACGAUGGGAGAUAAUAAAGAAGGAGAGGAGGGCAGCGUGAUCCACUACGAUGAUAACGCCAUUUCCAAACUGCUGGAUCGUAGCCAGGAUGCCACCGAAGACACAGAGAUCCAAAACAUGAACGAGUACCUGAGCUCAUUUAAGGUGGCUCAGUAUGUAGUGAGAGAGGAGGAUGGAGAGGAGGAGGUCCAAAGGGAGAUUAUUAAGCAGGAAGAGAAUGUUGAUCCAGACUACUGGGAGAAGCUCUUGAGGCACCAUUAUGAGCAGCAGCAGGAGGAUCUGGCCCGGAACCUGGGCAAAGGGAAACGCAUUCGCAAACAGGUCAACUAUAAUGACGCCUCUCAGGAGGACCAAGAGUGGCAGGACGAUCUUUCAGAUAAUCAGUCUGAGUACUCUGUCGGGUCCGAGGAUGAGGAUGAAGAUUUUGAGGAACGUCCUGAAGGAGGGCGCAGACAAUCUCGCAGACAGUUGAAGAGCGAUCGGGACAAACCGUUGCCACCAUUGUUGGCUAGAGUUAGUGGAAAUAUAGAGGUUUUGGGAUUUAACGCCCGCCAGCGGAAAGCCUUCCUGAAUGCGAUUAUGCGCUGGGGUAUGCCCCCACAAGAUGCCUUCAACUCUCACUGGCUGGUCCGUGACCUGCGAGGAAAAAGUGAGAAGGAGUUCAGGGCUUAUGUAUCUCUGUUCAUGAGGCACCUGUGUGAGCCAGGGGCAGAUGGAGCAGAAACAUUUGCAGAUGGGGUCCCAAGGGAAGGCCUGUCCCGCCAACAUGUUCUCACCCGGAUUGGUGUCAUGUCGCUGGUCCGCAAGAAGGUUCAAGAGUUUGAGCAUGUGAAUGGGAAGUUUAGUACACCAGAUCUGAUUCCUGUAGGAUUGGAGCUGAAAAAACUUACUGAAAGUGUCUCGUCAGACCCCAACACGCCUGUUCCUGCCAGUCCGGUUCCAACUCAACCCAGUACACCUGUUCCUUCAGAAAAGACAGAGUCAGUGUCUGGUUCUCAAGAAGACAAGGAGAUUACAGAACCAGAGAGCACCAAAUCGCAGGACCCAGAGCAGCCCAUAAUGCCAGAACCCUCCCCUGCACCAGAGAAAACCAAUGAGGGAGAAGAAUUAAAAAGCAGAAGUCCAGAAGGAAAAGGAAUGGAAGAGAGCGAGAAGAACACCUCUCCUGUCCUUUCAGAGCCAUCGUCCAAACAAGCACAGCCGCCCACUAAGCCUAGUGAGCAGUCAGCCAAUCAGACGCCUUUAGACUGUGGUAAAGGGAAAGAUACUUCUCCGGAGAGAGGGGAAAAUAAACCCAGCCCAGCAAAAAUAGAUGAUAAGGAGCAAAAACCAGUUUCUACAGCCAUGCCUGAUGAUUUAAAAUCUGAAGACCCCCCUGAGAACCAACUGAAUGGAGAGAAAGACGCGAGGGACGACGUGGAUGAGAGCCACAGAGAUGACAAGAACAGCAUCAAGACUCGGUUCAUGUUUAACAUCGCAGAUGGUGGAUUUACAGAAUUACACACGCUAUGGCAGAAUGAGGAACGCGCAGCUGUGUCAUCUGGCAAAAUGUACGACAUCUGGCACCGUCGCCAUGACUACUGGCUGCUGGCUGGCAUCGUAACACAUGGCUAUGCCCGUUGGCAGGACAUUCAGAAUGACCCACGGUACGCCAUCCUCAAUGAGCCUUUCAAGACUGAAAUGCACAAAGGGAACUACUUAGAAAUGAAGAAUAAAUUUCUUGCCAGACGAUUUAAGCUCCUGGAACAGGCUUUGGUAAUUGAGGAGCAGCUACGGCGUGCGGCAUACCUGAAUAUGACUCAGGAUCCAAGCCACCCGGCCAUGGCCCUCAACACACGUUUCGCAGAGGUGGAGUGCCUGGCUGAGUCCCAUCAGCACCUCUCCAAAGAGUCACUGGCUGGUAACAAGCCAGCCAAUGCUGUGCUGCACAAAGUGUUGAAUCAGCUGGAGGAGUUAUUAAGCGAUAUGAAGGCUGACGUGACACGGCUGCCCUCCAUGCUUUCAAGGGUCCCACCUGUGUCCGCCCGUCUCCAGAUGUCAGAGCGGGGCAUCCUCAGCAGGCUCACCAGCCGGGGCAACGAGCCGCCACCUCAGCAGCCUUUCCCUCAGGGCUCUUUCGGCUGUUCUCAGAUGUAUAAUAGCAGUUUCGCCGGAGGGUUCCGUGGACCUGGAGGCACCGCGAUGGUGAACUACAGCCAGAUGCCCCUGGGGCCGUACGUCAGUGUGUCCUCAAAUGGGCCUCCGGCCCCAACCAGUCACCUAGAGAAGAAAUCCAGUGAUGCUCUGCGAGAUGUGGCCACCCCUGAUUUGAAAUCAGGCAAACCUAGCGAUGUUAUAUGCAUUGAGGACUAGCCUGCAGCUGUUCCGUCCUUUUUCUGUACAAUACCUACAGACAAAACUGUGGAGGACUCCUCCAAACGAUGAAUAUUAACAGCAAACCUUAUCAGUUGCACUUUUGUCUUUCAGAAUCUGUACUUGUACGCGCCUGUAAGUUUUAUUCGGUAGAGUUCGGUUUCUCUUUCAUUCUUUUUUAACUUCUGCGUUACGAAAGUCUUGAUUGAUUGAGGAGAGACUAAGAACGCUUAUGAAGAGGGCACCACUGUUCUGACAGUCCUCUGAGCUUCUUCUUUUUUUUUUUAAUUACAGUUGUUAUUUUUACAUCAUGGCUUGUUUUUUCUUGAUGGCCAUGAAGGACAUUUUCAUCUCUGCUAAUGUUGAGCCAUCUGGAGGUGCUACUAGUUCCUGGCCAGUUCAAGGACCGGACGUCCCACCUCUACAGCCUGUGCUUUGCUCCUGGCUCUGCUCAUGGAUUGCGUAUCGUUGCUGCCCCUGCAGGUUAUUGCUGUGUAAUGCAUCUAAACACAGAAUAGUGCAAUGACUGUCAUUUUCUCUGGAAAACUACAGAUUUUACAGUAUGUCACCGCUAAUGUUUGCUUUUUGAAUCAUACUGGAUUGUUUUUUAGUUUACAUUCCUGUUUAAGAAGAAAAAGAGUGUUGUGCAUGAAGAUUAAAAGGUGCUUUCAGUAAGUUUUAAAACUCAUUUAAAAGUGUUAGAUCACAUGAUCUACUAAAUAAUACUCGCUAAACAAAAAUUACAGAUUGCACCUUUAAAGGACAGAGCAGCAUUAAAUCAGUGGCAGAUGGAUAACUGAUACUUUGAAAGUCUUAAAAAAUAUGUAUACAACUUUGAAGGAAUGUUCAAUUUUGAAUGCAACAUGAACUGUAUUCAAAUCAUCUGGCAAGCUGUUGAAUACCACAAAAAUAUUUUGGUACACUACCAAGAGUUUUUUAAAGAAGUCUCUUCUGCUCACUCAGCCUGCAUUUAUUUGAUUCAAAGUACAGCAACAUUUUGAAAUAUUUUUACUAUUUCAAAUAACUGUUUUCUAUUUAAAUAUACUUUAAAAUGUAAUUUAUUCUUGUGAUUUCAAAUCUACAUUUUCAGCAUCAUUACUCCAGUCUUCAGUGUCACAUGAUCCUUCAGAAAUCAUUCUGAUAUGCUGAUUUGCUGCUCAGGAAACAUUUCUGAUUAUUGUCAUUAUCAAUAUUUAAAACAGUUGAGUACAUUUUUUUCAGGAAAAGCUUGGAGUCAGUAUAAUUUUAUAGGAUCAUGUGACACUGAAGACUGGAGUAAUAAUGCUAAAAAUUCAGCUUUGAAAUCACAGGAAUAAAAUACAUUUUAAAAUAUAUUCAAAUAGAAAACAGUAAUUGUAAAUAGUCAAAAUAUUUCAGAUUUGUACUGUUUUUGUUGUACUUUGGAUCAAAUAAGUGUAGGCUUGGUGAGUGGAAGACAGUUCUUUAACAUUAACAUUAAAAAUCUUACUGUUCAAAAACUUUUGACUGGUAGUGUGUGUCCCUCGGUUUGUAAAAAACGAACAAAAUGCAUUUAUAGUAAUUAAUUCAUGAAAAUAUUUGGGGUAACUGCAUACUUUUUACUCUGGAAAUUUUUGGUAACAUAUAAAAGCAGUCUUACAAUUUAUAUAGUCAGUUGUUUUAUAUAAAUUUGAUUUAAAUUUCAUUUUUAAAUGUUUACAUUUCUUGAAUAAGUCAUACAGGUGCUUCAACACAAUAGAAGUUUCACAUUUCUGGUGCAAUGCGUUUUUGUAAAGAUAUUUUGUUUAAUUUUACAAAGCGAGGGACUUAUAAUAUACUAUUAUUAUAUUCAUGCUAUCAACAGCAUGUUUGGAAUAUUGCUGUUUUUAAUUUUUAAUUCUGGAACAAAGUGAAUUCCGCUCCACAGGGAUAUUUGUGCAUUGUUUCUACCAUGUUACUGAAUUCCUCACAUUCAGAUGAUUUUAAUUCUCCACAUUUAGUAUUAUCAUCAUUUCCUUUUAUUGUCAGAUGCAUUUUGCUUGACAUUUUGUGAAUUGCUGAAAACUUGGACCGUAAGUGCGUCGGUUUGACUAAGCCGAGCUUAUGAUAGUAUUGACAUGAUUGUUCUGGUGCCAUAAGUAGUGUGGAUAUAGAUUGUUUUUGUUUCAAUUAUUGAAAUGAUAUGCCUUGUGUAACUGUGUUUUUAAGCAGCGCACUUUAUAUGGAGAUCAGAUUUGACCAUAGAGACGCCAUCUCCUAUGGGCCAUUUCAAUCGCAGUAGAAACCUCUUUCAAUAACUCGUAUACUCAGUUUCAGUCUGUGGUAUUAGUCAUGUUAAUUAAUGUAGAUUAAGUAUUUUGUUUGUUUUCUGCAUCUUCGCAUGGCACUGAAGUGUCAUGGCUGACCGUAAACGUGAUCAUAGCUUCUUUUGCAGUAGUUUUACCGUAAGGGGUUCAAGACGAUGAUCAUUUUUGUGUAAACUACGAAUGUGGGAAAAAAAAAAAAAAAAAUGCAGUUAAAUGUUCACACGCACACUUGCGCUAGAGAAACCUCAAAUGACUUCAGUGAAACACAAAGACAGCCUCAAGAGUCAAGGGACCUUAAACCCAAGGUUAUAAAGAGAGAGCCAGCAGCAUAAAAUGUGUUGUGAAAUUAAGUUUUGUUUUAAUCCUGUGUGAUGAGUUUACACAUUUCAUUUGUACUUUUUAAUCACAAUAUUGAUAUCAACAUUAAGCUCCAUUUAAAUGCAAUCAAACUGAAGCCAAAAUGAAUGUAUUAAGUAUUUAAAAAGCUUCAGUCUAAUAUUAGAAGUCUUCUCAUUCGAGUACAAACUAGGCUUCAAAAGCUACCAAAAGACCCUGGUCAAGACACCUUUGUUGCAAUGAACGCACAGCAUGUGAGAUGUCUUCAGAUUACUUAGGACCAAAGGGAUCUUUGUCCUGGUUUCUAAACAACUAUGAGAAAAACAGUAUUGUUAUUUUGCAGAGGUAAGCAACAUGGAAAACCGAUAAGUGAACUACCAUCUUUUCACUUUGUACUCAGUGUAUUUGUUUAAUGUGUUUUAAUAAAUCCUCUCCAAUAAUAUA